UAUUAUUACUUAUUCUAUUUGUUAUAUUAUAUAGUCUUCAUUAUAUAUAUAACACGAAGAAAAACAAAGCGCAAACCUUCAACAAGUAUCAAACAAGAAACAAACACAAAACAAAAAAAGCUGAUAUGGGGAAUAGUCUAGGAAGAAAAAAAACAACGAAGGUAAUGAAAAUCGAUGGACAAACGAUGAAAUUCAAAACCCCAAUUUAUGCAAUCGAGGUUUUGAAAAAUUAUCCAUCGAUGGUAUUAUUAGAAUCAGAAGAAGUAAAGCAUUUCGGGGUACGAGCAAAGCCAUUAGAGCCUCAACAAGAGUUAAAGUCCAAAAGGCUUUAUUUUCUCGUUGAAUUACCCAAAUUCCCCGAAGAGAAGAAUAAGAACCCGAGAAGGGUCCGUUCAGGGAUCCAGAUGAGCGCUAAGGAUAGGCUUGAGACUUUAAUGCUAGCUAGGAGAUCCGCAUCUGACUUGACAAUCAUGAAGCCCGCUAGUGUUAUGAUGAGUGAAGAGUAUUCGUCUAGCUUUGGUUCGGGCCCACUCGAUGGUGUUGGGCCUCAGGCCCAACCCGUGAGGUUGAAACUAAGGUUACCAAAAGCGGAGGUAGAGAAAUUGAUGAUGCAAAGUAAAGAUGGAAGUGACGUCGGUGAGAAAAUUAUGAAACUUUGCAUGAAUAGUAAUAACGAUGGUGUCCAGACCGACUUGUUUCAGAGUAAAAGUGGACCGUUGAUCGAGGAAGAUCAAAGUCAAUGGAAGAAAAAUAAUGGAGGAAUAUUAAUUAAGAAGGGGAUUAGAUCACGAGAGAAACGUGUAGGGUUCUUGCCAAUUACAGAAGGGGAGAUUCAAUUAGCAAUGACAGCUUCAUAACAAAUAGAGCAAAAAAAUAAAUAAAUCUAUUUUAUUAUAUUAUAUAGUUUUAUGUGCAAGUCAUCUCCGAAUUCACUCGCAGAAUUUUUCAGCUAUUAUUAAUUAGUACUAUGUAGGUCAGGGGUUUGAGUCGUAAAAGCAGUUACUAAUAUUUGCAUUAUGAUAGCUAGGUUGUUGUCUACAUCACACGUGGCUCUUUCCCGAACUCUGCUAAUUAAUGCAGAAUGCUUUAUGCAUCGACUCGAUUGUCCUUUUCUUUUCUUUUCUUAAUCAGGUUUUAGUCCUUUUCUGUAUAGUAAAAAAUUAAGAAGCUGAAAAUUAGAAGUGAAUUAUGUGAGUAAUGGUUAUGAUAUAUUACAUUUGUAUCCAA